AUGGCGCUUUUUAUUGGAAGGUUAUCAUUGGAUACUCACCCUCGUGAUCUUGAACACAUCUUUGACAAAUAUGGACGUCUUAAUCGAUUGGAAGUGAAACGAGGUUACGCUUUUGUUGAAUAUCAAGACGAGAGAGAUGCAUCUGACGCAAUGAAAGAAACUGAUGGUUUGCGAGUACGCGGAAAUCGUAUUGUUGUUGAAUGGGCAAAAAAUGGUGGUAGAAAACCAGCCGAAAAUCAGUGCUUUAAGUGUGGUAGGGAAGGUCAUUGGGCAAAGGAUUGCCGUUCGAGCCGUAGAGAAAGGCGAAGGAGCAAGAGUCCAAGAAAAAGAAAGACAAUUGUUAGGUUUGGGGAGAAGUUCAAUUUGUUAAAUCAGCUAGACCAUAGUCAGUGUUCGACGAAUCCGUUUCAACCGUGUGACUACCAGAGUAUCAGUCCGACCAACCUAAGAUUAUUGAAUAAUGGUGGUUUAAAACCCUGUCCGUAUCUGAAAGCUCUCGGAAAUUUGAAUGGUCGAAAUAUUGAAUUCCGUUUCAAAGAAUCACCGUCAGCUUUCUUUCCCGCCGAAAUAUCUCGUUCUCGUUCACCUAAGCGAUCAUUAACACCUGCAAGACGUGAUCGUGAUGAUAGAUAUUAUAGGAGAUAUUCUGAUGAUGAAAGAGAUAGGAGGCAUAGUCAUGAUGACAGACGAUACUCGUAA